AUGGGAAAAGCUUCAAAAGACAAACGCGACGCUUACUACCGGCUCGCUAAAGAGCAGAACUGGCGAGCUCGCUCAGCAUUCAAAUUGAUCCAGAUUGACGAACAAUUCGAUCUUUUCGCACACGCAGACCCUGACAGCGUCACUCGCGUCGUUGACCUUUGCGCUGCGCCUGGAAGUUGGAGCCAAGUACUUAGUCGUGUGCUCAUCAAGGGCGAAAGUUUCGGACGAAGAGCUUGGUUAGAAAAACGCCGGCGAGAUAAGAAGGCUCUUGAGAAACUGGCAAAGGAGAUCCAGACCAACGACAAACAAGAAGAAGAUGGCGAAGACUCGGAAGAUGAAUCUACAAUUCUAAAACCACGAAAUAAUGUCAGGAUUGUCGCAAUUGAUCUGCAACCCAUGGCGCCGUUGGAGGGAAUCACCAUGAUGAAGGCAGAUAUAACCCAUCCAUCGACGAUACCGCUUCUCCUUCGCGCACUUGAUCCUGAGUAUUACGAAGCCGAACCUGAGAAACAAAAUACAACCGCAGAAUCCACAAUACCAAGGCAACUUCCAUCCCGCCACCCUCAUCCCGUGGAUUUAGUCAUCUCCGACGGUGCACCAGACGUCACCGGCCUCCACGACCUCGAUAUCUAUAUACAAUCCCAACUCCUCUACGCCGCCCUCAAUCUGGCCAUCGGUGUGCUGAGACCAGGCGGAAAAUUCGUCGCAAAAAUCUUCCGCGGUAGAGACGUGGAUUUACUCUAUGCACAGCUACGGACGGUAUUCGAGAAGGUGUCCGUUGCGAAGCCGAGGAGUAGCCGUGCGAGCAGUCUAGAGGCCUUUGUGGUUUGCGAAGGGUUCAUGCCCCCUGAGGAAUUCGAUUCGGCGCAUGCGCUGCAGAAUCCGAUGUUUGGGGGUGCGGCUGCUGUGAAGACUAAUGAAGAUGGAACUGUGGGUUAUGAUAUUCCGGAUGAAGAGGAUGAGGACGAAGCUCGGAAAGAAAGUCGAGUUGCGCAGCCUGUCUCUUCAAGUGGUGGUGAUGAUGUGACCCAACACCUGGCUCUUGAGCAGCUCUCAUUGUCUGAACAACUGUCUCAUCGCCCACCGCAUGAGUCGCGCUGGAUUCCUCCGUUUAUUGCCUGCGGAGACCUUUCUGCUUGGGAUGCUGAUGCGUCGUAUGCAUUGCCCGAGGGAUACGUCAGUCUGGACCCUGUGCAGCCGCCUACAGCGCCACCAUAUAAGCGGGCAUUGGAGAUGAGAAAGGAGUUGGGUGGGGCUUAUGGGAAGACGAAGUUGGGGGCUAUGGGUCGUGCUUGA